CGGCGUCGCGGUGAUAUGUGAUGGCCCAACGUAAUCUGGGUUUUCAGUGCGAGACGUUAAUGUGACGGGUGUAGUGAACACACGCCAUGGAGGUCUGCCGGAGGUCCUCGUGGCUUUUGCUGCUUCUUGGAGUUUCGCUCCUCGCCACUACCUUGCAGGGUGUGCAAGGUGAGGCAGAGUCAGAAGGCCCUUCCGAAUCGGAAUGCCGGCCCUACAUCGAGAAAGCUCUCAAAGAGCUCGAAACGGGAGAAACGGCCGGCACAACAGGAACUCCAGAAUCCGGGGACAGUAAAGAAGAUACUCCUCCUACAGUAGAAGUCACUACCGACGACUCCGAUCACCAAGACGGUGAAGGAGAUGACGAUACUCACGAAGAAGGAACUGAAAGCAUCGAAGCCGAUCAAAACGUCCCAGACGAAGAGGACACUCAAGAACACGUAAGCGUUGAACAACCUGAGGAGACGACCGACGAAGACACAACGCAAGGUGUAGCUGAAUCGGUCGAAACUACAGAAACGCACGAAAGUGUAGAAGAAGAUAAGGCGGAAUCUGGCGAAACUGCCGAAGAAAAAGCUGAAUCCGCCGAAACUGCAGAAGACAAAGCUGAAUCUGUCGAAACUGCAGAAGACAAGGCUGAAUCUGUUGAAACUUCAGAAGACAAGACCGAAUCAGGCGAAACUGCAGAAGAUAAGGCUGAAUCUGGCGAAACUGCAGAAGAUAAGGCUGAAUCUGUCGAAACUGCAGAAGACACAGCCAAAUCUGGCGAAACUGCAGAAGAUAAGGCUGAAUCUGGCGAAACUGCAGAAGAUAAGGCUGAAUCUGCCGAAACUGCGGAAGAAGAAAGGGCAGAGUCCGUUGAAACCGCACACGAAAGUGUGGAAGACGCAAAGGCUGAGUCUGUGGAAACUGUAGAAGAACAAGCGGAGUCUGUCGAAACUACAGAAGCGCACGAAGGUGACGAAACCAAGGAAGCAACUGACGAGAGUGUCGAAGGGGAGAAAGCGAGUAAAGAAGACCAAGCCGAGAGUAAGGAAGAUGAUAAAAACGACACGGGGGAGGAUACAAAAAGUGAUAAAAGUGGCCAAGAGGAGGAAGCCGGUGAACAGGGCGGUAGUGCAGAGGCUGAAGCAGCUGGAGGUCGUGAUGAAAGAAGUGCAGAAAAAGACGACAGUUCUCCUGACGAAACUAAGGAAGAAAGCAAAGAAGCUGAAGAGAACGUAACUGGGGAGACGGAGGAAGAAGGUGAUUCGGCUCCUGAAGAGGAGCUGUCGCUCGAUAUCGAAAUACCGAGCGAGUUAAGGGACAGGAACCACGUCGAACACUUGUUGAAACUGGACGACGAGUCGUCCGAAACCGAGGAAAUCAUCAAUCGCGUGGCGGAGAUCACGCUCCGGGAGUUGAAAAAGUUGUACGAGAAUGCGAUCAAGCCCUUGGAGGUUUUGUACAAGUAUCGCGAUUUGAGCAAUCGCCAUUUCGGCGAUGCUGAGAUUUUUUCGAAGCCUUUGAUAUUGUUUAUGGGGCCGUGGAGUGGCGGAAAAUCGUCGAUUAUUAACUACUUGCUGGACAAUGAGUACAACGAAACGUCGCUAAGGACGGGGGCUGAGCCGUCUCCCGCCUAUUUCAACAUUUUGAUGUAUGGCGAAGAGCCGGAAAUUUGGGACGGGACCCAAUUAGCCGCCGAUUUCACGUUCUCCGGGUUGCAAAAAUUUGGACAAGGUCUCGAGGAGCGGCUUCGUGGCGUGCGGUUGCCAAGCAAACUAUUAGAAAAAGUCAAUAUAGUUGAAAUUCCGGGGAUCUUGGAAGUACGCAAACAGGUCUCGCGCGUAUUUCCCUUCAAUGACGCCUGCCAAUGGUUUAUUGACAGAGCCGAUAUUAUAUUUUUAGUGUACGAUCCUUCCAAAUUAGACGUGGGGCCUGAAACCGAGGCUAUUCUCGACCAACUAAAGGGCAGGGAGCACCAGACACGCAUCAUUUUGAACAAAGCCGACCAAGUCAAGCCGGAGGAACUGAUGAGGGUGCAAGGCGCCCUGAUUUGGAACAUCUCGCCUCUGAUGUCGUCCCCGCAGCCCCCUGUCAUGUACACCACCUCGCUGUGGUCGCGCCCUUACGAGUCCUGGGCCCCCGUGCGGCUGCUCCAGGCCCAGGAGCGCGCCUUCUUGCGCGAUUUGCGCUCGGCGGUGGAAAAACGCAUCGAGAACAAAAUCGCCAGCGCACGUAGAUUUGCGGUUCGUGUGCGCAACCAUGCCAAAAUGGUGGACUGCUACUUGACGACUUACUACAACCACAAGUCGGUGUUUGGUAACCGGAAACAGGUCGCUGACGAGAUAAUCGAGCACCCGCAGGAUUACCACAUCUACGAAGGCCUCUCGACUCUUACGAACAUCUCGCGCUAUGACUUGCCGGAUCCUGACGUCUAUAGGGACUUCUUCAAGCUGAAUCCGCUGUACGACUUCCAGCAGCUCUCCGCGACGUGCACCUAUUUCCGAGGGUGUCCUAUUAAUAGGCUGGAUGUGGCAAUUGCGUACGAUCUCCCUGAGCUGGUCGGGAAACACAAGCGUAUGGUGGAAAGUGCUUUGGCUGAAGCCAAUCAGACGCCAGUACCGGGCAGUUGAACGCUCGCCAAGGACCAAGUUUUAAGCCCUUGAGCAGAUUUUCUGCAAGUUACAGACUCCGACGCUCAGGCGUCGUAUCAUCAGUGCGUCGCAAUUCGUCUUCAUGGACUGAUAUGUGAAGUGCACGGACAAUAGUCAGCCAAGCUUAUAAAUAGUCUCCUGCCAUGUGUGUUGAUCGCAUUUAUAAGUUCUUGCAAUCGGAGUGUUCAUUCAGAAAUCGAUUUCAAAAGAGAGUGGGUUAUAUGUAUUUUUUGACACCAGAUGUACAAUUCCUUACCAGCUUUACUAAAUUAAAGUGUUUCUAAUUGUAGCGAUGUGUAUAUUAUUUAUGUACAAAUAAUCGAAUUUGUAGUAAAUAACUUAGUUUUUAUUUUCUCAUCUCUUUUUUUUUUCAAGCAGAAAAAUGUAUAACAAUUGUAAGAAGACAUAGGUUAAGUACUUAAAUAAAACAAUAUAUUUUC